AUGAAUUUGCAGAUUCAAUGCUUCAGCACUGCACCAUCUGUGUCAUUUGCUAGUUUGAAGAUCGACGCUCAGAUAGCCCGCCAGAUAUUCGGGGAGUAUCAUGAGUUUUUUGUGGGGAUGCCACCGAAUUCAAAAAACAAUAACUCUCUGCUGAAUUUGAGAAAAAGUACUGCAGGGCUCUUAUCUCCUGAUCUGAAGCUUAUCACGACUAAAAGUGUGUUAUUGAAUUCCAGAGAACCUCCCUAUAAACCUUCAAAAGCACCGUGUUUGUGGCAAAAGACAGUGUCCAGUAGAAAGAGCACUACAUUUCCCGGAUUCACUGCUCCCGCUACUGUUACACCUCCUAAGAAGACUAAGAGUCGGAUCCGCAGAGCAGAGACUACUACUACUAGUGUUUCUCUAAGAAGACACAAGUCACUUCCGGAUCAAUCCCUACCCACAAACAAGGACAAAGCUCCCCGAAAAUGUUUCAACUCUCUUCCUGGCUCGAGUAGUUUUGAUGAGGUUGUCAUAAAGAGAGUUAUAAAAUAUUGCAGAAACAUCGAUUCGACCGGAACUCCCAAGAGUGAACACACUUACGGAGAAGCAAAAAACUGCAAACCUAAAAUUUAUCUGAGUGAAGGUAUCAACAAAUGGGAACGUAGAGGCCAGGGGUUCAUGGGGGUACCCCCCGCUACACCUACCACUGAAUAUUUGGAGAAAGUCCAAUACGUGCAGUGUCUUGCAGAUUUUAAAGGAAAAAGAAGGCUCACAACGAAGCUAAGUGAAAUAGUUAAGUUUCGGGACGAGCAGAGGAAGAAGGAUGAGCUCGAAAAGAGGAAAGGGCGAGUAAUAGCUGAAAGAAGAGAACAAGAGUUGCUCAAAAUCACCCAGAGAAACGAAAUUUACGCCCUCAACGAAACAAUGAAACGACUCGAAGGAGCUAACUUCAAAGAAUACGCUGCCAAAAGGAGUUCAUGUUGCCAUGGAAACGAUAACAAAGUUGGAAAUCGUUUGGGGGCUGUAUGAUGUAGAUAUUUAAUUAGAAGUGUAAUUAACCAAUUAAAUAAUCAUUAAUCAAGAGUAUUUAAGUUCAAAGGUUUUAGUGAUUUUAUUAUUUGUUAUUUUAGACAGCCUCGUCAGCAUCUCUUUUAUAUUCGAUUUCGAUAAGUAUGCCACUGUAAAUUUCUUUUUAGCUGAAUUGUGCAAACGAAGGACUUGCAAAAAUGUUCAGAGAUUUUAGAAUUGUUGCAAACGUAAUCACAUGUCCAUUGUCCAGCUCCAAGCACAGCAUAUUGAUUAAUGCGAUGAUAUUAUACAUGAUAUGAUUACGAUUGUGAUCGAUACUUGUGGGCGAGUAGUCUACCUUUUGUUUUGAAUGGGUUCCAAAAGUAUUAUGAUUGUACAACUAACUGUAUAAUAAUUGUAAAUAUUUCGACUUUUACGAUAUUUAAAGA